AAGGUCUCCUCUUUUGAACUUCGCUGUGUUUUGGGUCUCUUAUCGGAUCCUCUAAUGGCUCCGAGUAUCAGAGACCUUCAGCUCAUGCCGGUUCCUGGUGUUGGAAGAACGCCGGGGACUGUCGUUCCGGUGGAUGAUACCGGCGACCUUGAAGAUGUGAGGCUUUUGGAUUCUUAUGAGAGAGAAGAGAGGGAGAAGAAAGGUAAUGUGGAAGAGGGUAUGAGGAGAAUUCAAGUUAGUGUCUUGGGGAUGACCUGCGCUGCUUGCUCCAAUUCUGUGGAGGCAGCCCUUGUUGGAAUCCGUGGGGUUGUAAGGGCUUCUGUUGCUUUGCUUCAGAACAAGGCGGAUGUGGUGUUUGAUUACAGAUUGGUUAAGGAUGAAGACAUCAAGACUGCAAUUGAAGAUGCGGGUUUUGAUGCCGAGAUUCUACCAGAUCCCAAUACAUUUGGAACAAAAACACAAAAAAAGUUGUUGGGGCAGUUCAGGAUAGGAGGUAUGACAUGUGCAGCUUGUGUAAAUUCUGUUGAAGGUAUUUUGAGAAAGCUCCCUGGGGUCAGCGGAGCAACUGUUGCCUUGGCCACUUCACUAGGGGAAGUUGAGUUUGAUCCUUCUGUCAUUAGUAAGGAUGAUAUAGUUAACGCAAUAGAAGAUGCUGGUUUUGAAGCUGCACUAGUACAGAGUGGUGAACAGGAUAAGGUUUUGUUGGUGGUUGCUGGAUUGUCCAGUGAAGUGGAUGUGCAAAUUUUAGAUGGCAUGCUUAGGGACAUGAAAGGGGUGAAACAAUUUAAUUUUAACCAGAAUCAGACCGAACUAGAAGUUCUAUUUGAUCCUGAAGUCAUAGGUUCCAGAUGUAUAGUUGAUAUGAUUGAAGGUGGAAGCAAUGGAAAACUUAAAGUCAAUGUCCAGAGCCCUUAUUCGAGAAUGACUUCAAACCAUAUGGAAGAAUCUUCAAAUAUGUUCAAACUUUUCAUUUCUAGUCUGUUCCUCAGUAUUCCUGUGUUCCUUAUACGGGUAGUUUGUCCCAACAUACCUUUCUUCUAUUCUCUAAUGCUUUGGCGAUGUGGGCCCUUCUUAAUGAGUGAUUGGUUACAAUUUACAUUGGUAAGUAUUGUUCAAUUUGUUAUUGGCAAGCGCUUCUACAUAGCAGCUGCCAGAGCCCUGAGGAAUGGAUCGACAAACAUGGAUGUUUUGGUUGCGCUGGGAACUUCAGCCUCUUACUUCUACUCUGUCUUUGCCCUUCUAUAUGGUGCCUUCACUGGGCUCUGGUCUCCAACAUAUUUUGAGACAAGUGCCAUGCUAAUAACGUUUGUGCUGUUGGGGAAGUAUUUGGAAAUUCUUGCCAAGGGAAAAACAUCAGAUGCUAUCAAGAAGUUGGUAGAACUCGCACCAGCAACGGCUAUCUUGCUUGUCAAAGAUGCAGGUGGGAAGUGUAUUCAAGAAAGGGAGAUAGAUGCUUUGCUAAUUCACCCUGGUGACACGUUAAAAGUUCUUCCUGGUUCCAAGGUUCCUGCUGAUGGUGUGGUUGAGUGGGGCUCAAGUUAUGCUGAUGAGAGUAUGGUAACUGGUGAAUCCAAACCUGUUUUGAAGGAGGUCAAUUCUGUGGUUAUAGGUGGCACAAUGAAUUUUCAUGGUGCUCUUCAUGUACAAGCCACUAAAGUGGGGUCUAGCACAGUUUUGAGUCAGAUAAUUUCUUUGGUUGAGACAGCGCAGAUGUCAAAAGCUCCCAUUCAGAAAUUUGCUGAUUUUGUUGCAAGCAUUUUUGUUCCUACAGUGGUUACAAUGGCAUUGCUGACACUCUUGGGAUGGUAUAUUUGUGGGACAUUUGGAAUUUACCCAGAAGAGUGGCUACCUGAAAACAGCAGCUGUUUUGUUUUUUCCCUCAUGUUUGCGAUAUCAGUUGUGGUGAUUGCAUGUCCUUGUGCACUUGGCUUAGCAACACCAACAGCUGUCAUGGUUGCAACAGGUGUUGGUGCUAAUAAUGGUGUCCUUAUAAAAGGAGGAGAUGCUUUGGAAAGGGCUCAGAAGGUUAAGUAUGUGGUAUUUGACAAAACAGGUACCCUUACACAGGGAAGACCCACAGUCACAACAGUGAGAACUUAUACAGAAAUUGAUCGUGGAGAUUUCCUUACUUUCGUUGCUUCUGCUGAGGCUAGCAGUGAACAUCCAUUGGCGAGGGCAUUAGUAAAUUAUGCUCACCAUUUUCAUUUCUUCAAUGAGCCAUCUGCUGCUAAGGAUUUCCAUAAUGAACACAAAGAGUCUAAUUUUUCCGGAUGGCUUCUUGAUGUCUCGGACUUUUCUGCUUUGCCAGGGAGAGGUGUGCAGUGCUUUAUAAACGGGAAAAGGGUUUUGGUUGGUAACCGAAAACUAUUGCUUGAAAAUGGGGUUACUAUACCCGAUGAAGCUGAAAGCUUUGUGGCAGAAUUAGAGGAAAGUGGAAAAACAGGGAUACUUGUGGCAUAUCAUGACACUCUCAUUGGCGUUUUGGGAUUAGCAGAUCCUCUUAAGAGAGAAGCUGCUGUUGUUGUAGAAGGCCUCAAGAAUAUGGGUGUCCGACCAGUAAUGGUAACGGGGGACAACUGGAGGACAGCACAGGCUGUAGCUAAAGAGGUUGGCAUUCAAGAUGUGAGAGCAGAGGUGAUGCCAUCUGGAAAAGUUGAUGCUAUACGUUCAUUUCAGAAAGAUGGAAGCACAGUUGCCAUGGUGGGUGAUGGUAUCAAUGAUUCACCUGCUCUUGCGGCUGCAGAUGUUGGGAUAGCGAUUGGAGCAGGGACAGAUAUUGCUAUAGAAGCUGCUGAUUAUGUGUUGAUGAGGAACAACUUGGAAGAUGUCAUUGCAGCCAUUGAUCUAUCGAGAAAGACCUUCUCCCGUAUCCGAUGGAAUUAUGCGUUUGCCAUGGCAUACAAUGUUGUUGCCAUCCCGGUCGCAGCAGGGGUUUUCUUCCCUUUACUGAGGUUCAGGUUGCCGCCUUGGGUAGCUGGGGCCUGCAUGGCCCUUUCAUCUGUAAGUGUUGUAUGUUCUUCUUUGCUUUUGAGAAGAUACAAAAGACCCAGACUUACAACUCUACUUGGGAUAACUGUAGAUUGAAAUAAUAGUGUCAAUAGAAGAAGAAGAAAAAAAAAAUAGGAUGAUCGGGAAUGGAAUGAAUAUGAAAUAACAUUCCAUAUCCCAAUUUUGGGUGUCAUUUAUUUACUUCGUUAAGAUACCAUGGGGGGUGAAUCUGCCCUUCCAUUGUGUGUAUAUCUCACAUGUACUUGUAUCUGUCUCCAUUUUCCACUGAUUGAAUGGAAGAACAUAUAUGUGUUC